AUGUCCAACUAUUUAAACUUAGCACAAUUCAGUGGUGUUACAGACAGAUUCAAUUUGGAACGAAUCAAGUCAGACUUCUCCUCAGUUCAAUCAACCAUUUCAAAACUAAGACCACCACAAGAGUUUUUUGAUUUUAGAAGAUUAUCUAAACCAGCAAACUUUGGGGAAAUUCAACAAAGAGUGGGAUACAAUUUAGGCUACUUUUCUGCCAAUUACAUCACAAUCGUUUUAGCAUUGAGUGUAUAUGCUUUGAUUACAAACUUUUUAUUAUUAUUUGUUACUAUUUUCGUUCUUGGGGGGAUUUAUGGUAUUAAUAAAUUGAAUGGCGAGGACUUGGUGUUGCCUAUUGGAAGAUUCAACACUUCACAAUUAUACACUGGUUUAUUGAUUGUUGCAGUUCCAUUAGGAUUUUUGGCUAGUCCUAUUUCGACUAUGAUGUGGUUAAUUGGUUCUAGUGGUGUCACUGUUGGUGCUCAUGCUGCUUUGAUGGAAAAACCAAUUGAAACUGUUUUCGAAGAAGAAGUGUAG